GCGCCUUCAAGUAGAUGACGUCAGCACAACAGGAAGUAGAUAUCUCCUAAGAAGUAAAAGCAGAAGAUAGCUAACAACACAAUUAGCAUUAUUUUUUCCUCCACUUCAGCCAAUUUGUACAACAGUUGUGGGGUGGUCAGAUAAUGCAGCACCAGUGAGAGGAAAUUGACUCUGAUUCUUCACUAAUAAGCUAACAACAGCUAACGCUAAUGGCUGCUGCCAAGGUAACAACAGCUAACGCUAACAGCCGCUGCCAAGGUAACAACAGCUAACGCUAACGGCUAACGUAAGGAAAGCUAGCAGUCCCACGAGCUUCUGUCAUCACGCAGAUGAUGUCGGGACUGACAGGCGAGUGACAGUGCAAGUAUAAUUUCCCUGAACAUGGACGAGCCGAUGUCUCACAGAUGAAAGGUCUGGUUACAGCAGUUGAGCUUUGAGAGGAAUAAGUGCACUAAUGACAGAAUGGAUAUUAACCGAAGAUGGUUACACACACUGUCCUCCCCUAUUUUAACGAGUGAAGAGGCGAGAGAAUGCAGCACCAAGGGGAGGCCAGAGGUGAGAGAGGGAACGAAGAGAAAUACAGUGGAGAAACAAAGGGGCAGAACACAUCACUGUUGAGAAAGAGAAUGGGCACGGGGAGCGGGUCCUCUGCCAUGGAGUUAACCAUACUUCACCACCAUGUUUCUACAGAACCCCCUAACAGACAAAGCAAGCACUGGCUUUAGAGAGGGACAUUUUUCAUCAGUUUCACAGCCACCCUUUGCUCUUCUACCUGCCUGGAAGGUCCAAGGGUUGGAGAAGCAAGUGGACUUCUCCGACCUGGGCCCAGUGGGGUCUGUGAUGAAGACUCUCCCAUAUGGCAUGGGUGGAGGCCCAGUGGGAGGAACGACAGGUGGCAUGGUGAAGCCUCCUUACCAAACACGUAUCUUCUCCACUUCGAUUGACCAGACACCCAUGAAAUCCAAGCCACCCAACUACAGUUUCUUUAACCCAUACGACACGGCCCGGAACCAGUCCCUGCUCUUGGACCAGACAGGCUACCGCUCGAAGCGCAAGCCGUCACUAAAGACGGCCAUGAAGACCAAGAAGAUAUUCGGCUGGGGCGACUUCUACUUCAACGUCAAGACCAUGAAGUUCAGCUUGUUGGUGACGGGGAAGAUUGUGGACCACAUCAACGGGACGUUCACUGUCUACUUCCGCCACAACUCGUCCAGCCUUGGCAACGUGUCGGUCAGUAUCGUGCCACCGACCAAGGUGGUGGAGUUUGAGGUUCUCCAGCAGCAGCAGCAGCUGCACCCUCACACCCGGCAGGAAGUCCAGCUUCAGGAGACCCACCAGACCACCAUCGACCCCAAAGAGGCAAAGACCUUUAACUGUCGGGUGGAGUACGAGAAAACCAACAGAUCCAAGAAGCCCAAACCCUGCCUGUACGAUCCAUCUCAGACCUGCUUCACAGAGCAUACCCAGUCCCACGCUGCCUGGUUGUGUGCCAAACCCUUCAAGGUGAUCUGCAUCUUCAUCUCUUUCUUUAGCAUCGAUUACAAGCUGGUUCAGAAAGUGUGUCCGGACUACAACUUCCAAAGUGAGCACCCUUACUUUGGAUAAGUAAGUGAGACUAAACUGAAAAGAAAAGAAGAAGAAAAAAAAAGAGACAAUAUUAAUUACGACGAUGAUGAUUAUAAUGGUGGAAAUGAUAGUCAUAUUGAUUACUAUGAGAAAGCAGGGGACAGUUUUUUGCCUCUAUGCUGCUGUGAAUUUUGUGGAUUUAAAUCAAGUAUAAUCAGAGUUAAGGAUGGUUAGGAUAUGGCUGAUCUCUCUGACUUAUUUUCCAACUUUGUAUUUGCUAACUUCUGUUUUUAUUUGAUCUUUCCUUUCUGUAAAUAAUGUACUCAACCGCAGCACACUUACUGUUUUUAGAUAUUUGUUUCCCAGUGUUAUUACUUUUUUUGCCUUUGGACAGUUCGGUUGAAAACAGCUAGAAUCAGUAUCACGCCCUCCGAGUACAACGGGAGCCUCCGAGGCGGCUGUGCUGUGCCGUCACCGUGCGGCAGGCGUGAUGUUCUGGUAGACUGACUGUUAAUCAUCCUCUCGGCUCUACAUUUCAAACCCUGGAUAUAAGAGAGUUAUAUGUAUGAGAAAUGCUAUGCUGGAUAUGCAUACAAUAUACUGUAUGAAAAAGCACAUUAAAAUCUCCUAAACUAUC